CUCAGUUCUCCUGGGCUCCAGCCUCCUGCGAGGACCUCAAGAGUGUUGCUGGCAGUUCCGAGUCCCUCUCCCUAAGGCUGCAGAAGGAAAAGGAGCCGCAGCCAGUGGGGAAAGCAUGCCCCCUGCUCAGACAUAGUGCCUCCAGAAGCCCGGGGACAGGAGUCUUCAGGCUCGCUCAGGGUUCUUAUUUGGUGCUUAGACAAAUUCAAAAUGAGGAAACAUCGGCAUUUGCCCUCAGUGGCCAUCUUUUGCCUCUUUCUCUCAGGCUUUUCCAUGACUCAUGCCCAGCAACAGCCAGCAGCACAAGACUCUGCUGACAUUAUUUUCCUUAUUGACGGAUCAAACAACACCGGAAGUGUCCAUUUCGCAGUCAUUCUCGACUUCCUUGUAAAUCUCCUUGAGAGACUCUCAGUUGGAGCUCAGCAGAUCCGAGUGGGGGUGGUCCAGUAUAGCGAUGUGCCCAGAACCAUGUUCUCCUUGGACACCUACUCCACCAAGGCUCAGGUGCUAGAUGCAGUGAAAGCCCUCGAGUUUGCUGGUGGGGAGCUGGCCAAUAUUGGCCUGGCCCUCGAUUUCGUGGUGGAGAACCACUUUACCCGGGCAGGGGGCAGCCGAGCAGAGGAAGGGGUUCCCCAGGUGCUGGUCCUCAUAAGUGCUGUGCCCUCUAGUGAUGAGAUCCGAGACGGGGUGGUGGCACUGAAGCAGGCUAGCGUGUUCUCAUUCGGCCUCGGAGCCCAGGCCGCCUCCAGGGCAGAACUGCAGCACAUAGCUACCGAUGACAACUUGGUGUUUACUGUCCCGGAAUUCCGUAGCUUUGGGGACCUCCAGGAGCAAUUACUGCCGUACAUUGUUGGCGUGGCCCAAAGGCACAUUGUCUUGCAACCGCCAACCAUUGUCACACAAGUUAUCGAAGUGAACAAGAGGGACAUUGUCUUCCUGCUGGAUGGCACAUCUGCUCUGGGACUGGCCAACUUCAAUGCCAUCCGAGACUUCAUCAUCAAAGUCAUCCAGAGGCUGGAAAUCGGACAGGAUCUUAUCCAGGUGGCAGUGGCCCAGUAUGCAGACACCGUAAGGCCUGAGUUUUAUUUCAAUAGCUACUCAAACAAGAGGGACAUCGUGGCUGUUCUGCGGGGAAUGAAGCCCCUGGACGGCCAGGCCCUCUACACGGGCUCUGCGCUGGACUUCGUCAGGAACAACCUGUUCACAGGCUCAGCCGGCUACCGGGCUGCUGAGGGGGUUCCUAAACUUUUGGUGCUGAUCACAGGCGGUAAGUCCUUAGAUGAAGUCAGCCAGCCUGCCCAGGAGCUGAAGAGAAGCAACAUCAUGUCCUUUGCCAUUGGGAGCAAGGCUGCUGACCGGGCUGAGCUGGAAGAGAUUGCUUUUGAUGACACCCUGGUGUUCGCCCCUGCCGAGUUCCGAGCUGUCCCAUUGCAAGGCAUUCUUCCCAGUGUGCUGGCGCCUCUCAGGACCCUCUCGGGAACCACAGAAGUUCACGCAAACAAAAGGGAUAUCAUCUUUCUUUUGGAUGGAUCCGUCAACGUUGGAAAAACCAAUUUCCCUUAUGUGCGCGACUUUGUAAUGAACCUAGUUAACAGCCUUGAUGUUGGAAAUGACAAUAUUCGUGUUGGUUUAGUGCAAUUUAGUGAUACUCCAGUCACGGAGUUCUCUCUAAACACAUUCCAGACCAAGUCAGAUCUGCUUGCUCACCUGAAGCAGUUGCAGCUUCAGGGGGGUUCGGGCCUGAACACUGGCUCCGCCCUAAGCUAUGUCCAUGCCAACCACUUCACUGAAGCUGGAGGCAGCAGGAUCCGUGAACAGGUGCCGCAGCUUCUGCUCCUGCUCAUAGCCGGGCAGUCAGAGGACUCCUAUUUGCAAGCUGCCAAUGCCCUGGCACGUGCGGGCGUGCUGACCUUUUGCGUGGGUGCUAGCCAGGCGAAUAAGGCAGAGCUUGAGCAGAUUGCUUUUAACCCAAGCCUGGUGUAUCUCAUGGACGAUUUCAGCUCCCUUCCAGCUUUGCCUCAGCAGCUGAUUCAGCCAUUAACUACGUAUGUUAGUGGAGGUGUGGAGGAAGUUCCACUCGCCCAGCCAGAGAGCAAGCGGGACAUCCUGUUUCUUUUCGACGGCUCUGCCAAUCUCCUGCGCCAGUUCCCUGUGGUCCGGGACUUUCUCUACAAGAUUAUCGAAGAGCUGGAUGUGAAGCCGGAUGGGACGCGCGUUGCGGUGGCUCAGUACAGCGACGACGUCAGGGUGGAGUCGCGUUUCGACGAGCACCAGAGUAAGCCCGAGAUCCUGAAUCUCGUGAAGAGAAUGAAGAUCAAGACUGGCAAAGCCCUCAACCUGGGCUACGCCCUGGACUACGCGCAGAGGUACAUCUUCGUGAAGUCUGCAGGCAGUCGCGUCGAGGACGGGGUGCUGCAGCUGCUGGUGCUGCUGGUGGCCGGCAAGUCCUCGGACCGCGUGGAGGGGCCGGCGGGGAACCUGAAGCAGAGCGGGGUGGUGCCUUUCAUCUUCCAAGCCAAGAACGCGGACCCUGCCGAGCUGGAGCAGAUAGUGCUGUCCCCGGCCUUCAUCCUGGUGGCAGAGUCACUUCCCAAGAUUGGGGACCUUCAGCCGCAGAUUGUGAAUCUCUUGAAGUCGGUGCAAAAUGGGGCCCCGGCGCCAGUUUCAGGUGAAAAGGAUGUGGUGUUUCUGCUUGACGGCUCUGACGGUGUCAGCAGCGGCUUCCCCCUGAUGAAGGAGUUUGUCCAAAGAGUGGUGGAGAGCCUGGACGUGGGCCCGGACAGGGUGCGGGUGGCUGUGGUGCAGUACAGUGACCGCACCAGGCCCGAGUUCUACCUGAAUUCGUACAUGGACCAGCAGGGUGUGGUCAGUGCCAUCCGCAGGCUCACCCUGCUGGGAGGGCCGAACCCCAACACCGGAGCUGCGCUGGACUUUGUCCUGAGGAACAUCCUGGUCAGUUCCGCGGGAAGCAGGAUAGCGGAGGGCGUGCCCCAGCUGCUGAUUGUCCUCACGGCUGACCGCUCUGGGGACGAUGUGCGAGGCCCUUCCGUGGUCGUGAAGAGGCGUGGGGCGGUGCCUAUUGGCAUUGGCAUCGGGAACGCUGACAUCUCAGAGAUGCAGACCAUCUCCUUCAUCCCAGACUUCGCGGUGGCCAUCCCCACCUUCCACCAGCUGGGGACCAUCCAGCAGGUCAUCUCCGAGAGGGUGACCCAGCUCACCCGCCAAGAACUGAGCAGACUGCAGCCGGUGUUGCUGCCACCUCCGGGCCCAGGUGUCAGCAGUAAGAAGGAUGUGGUUUUCCUCAUUGAUGGGUCCCAGAGCGCCGCGCCUGAGUUUCAGUACAUUCGCACCCUCAUUGAGAGGCUGGUGGACUACCUGGACGUGGGCUUUGACACCACCCGGGUGGCGGUCAUCCAGUUCAGUGAGGACCCCAAGGUGGAGUUUCUGCUGAAUGCCCACUCUAGCAAGGACGAGGUGCAGAAUGCCCUGCGGAGGCUGCGGCCCCAAGGCGGGAGGCAGGUUAACGUGGGGAGCGCCCUGGAGUACGUGUCCAGGAACAUCUUCAAGCGGCCACUGGGGAGCCGGAUCGAGGAGGGCGUCCCGCAGUUCCUGGUCCUUGUCUCCUCUGGGAAGUCUGAUGACGAGGUGGACAGCCCUGCCGUGGAGCUCAAGCAGUUUGGCGUGGCGCCGUUCACAGUGGGCAGGAACGCCGACCAGGAGGAGCUGGUGAAGAUUGCACUGAGCCCUGAGUACGUGUUCUCGGUAAGCACCUUCCGGGAGCUGCCCAGCCUGGAGCAGAAGCUGCUGACCCCCAUCGCCACGCUCACCUCCCAGCAGAUCCAGCAGAUCCUGGCCAGCACGCGCUACCCGCCCCCAGCUGUUGAGAGUGACGCCGCAGACAUCGUCUUUCUGAUCGAUAGCUCUGAUGGCGUGAGGCCUGAAGGUAUCGCAUAUAUUCGAGAUUUUGUUAGCAGGAUUGUUAGAAGACUCAACGUCGGGCCCAAUAAAGUGAGAAUUGGGGUGGUGCAGUUCAGCAAUGACGUCUUCCCAGAAUUCUACCUGAAGACUUACAAAUCCCAGGCCCCCGUGCUGGAAGCCUUACGACGCCUGAGGUUCAGAGGGGGGUCUCCACUGAACACUGGCAAAGCUCUGGAGUUUGUGGCAAGAAAUCUCUUUGUCAAGUCUGCUGGGAGCCGGAUAGAAGAUGGGGUGCCCCAACACCUGGUCCUGGUCCUGGGUGGAAAGUCCCAGGAUGAUGUUUCCAGGUUUGCACAAGUGAUACGCUCUUCUGGGAUUGUGAGUUUAGGGGUAGGAGCCCGAAACAUCGACAGAACGGAGCUGCAGACCAUCACCAACGACCCUAGACUGAUCUUCACAGUGCGAGAGUUCCGAGAGCUUCCCAGCAUGGACGAGAGGGUCUUGAGUGCAUUUGGGCCCUCCGGAGUCACUCCUGCACCCCCCGUGGAACCGCCGCCUUCCCGGCCAGAGAAGAAGAAAGCAGACAUUGUAUUCCUGCUGGAUGGCUCCAUCAAUUUCGGGAGGGACAGCUUCCAAGAAGUGCUCCGUUUUGUGUCUGAAAUUGUGGACACAGUUUACGAAGAGGGUGACUCCAUCCAAGUGGGGCUGGUCCAGUACAACUCCGACCCCACGGAUGAAUUCUUCCUGAAGGACUUUUCUACCAAGAGGCAGAUUAUCGAUGCCAUCAACAAAGUGGUCUACAAGGGGGGACGACACGCCAACACCAGGGUGGGCAUUGAGCACCUGCGGCUCAACCACUUCGUCCCCGAUGCCGGCAGCCGCCUGGAUCAGCGUGUCCCACAGAUAGCGUUUGUGAUCACGGGAGGAAAGUCGGCGGAGGACGCUCAGGACGUGAGCCUGGCACUCACCCAGAGAGGGGUCAAGGUGUUUGCGGUUGGUGUGAGGAACAUCGACUCGGAGGAGGUUGGAAGGAUUGCGUCCAACAGCGCCACAGCAUUCCGCGUGGGCAAUGUGCAGGAGCUGUCAGAACUGAGCGAGCAAGUUUUGGAAACUUUGCACGAUGCCAUGCAUGAAACCUUGUGCCCUGGCGUGUCUGAUGUUUCCAAAGCUUGUAACCUGGAUGUGAUUCUGGGGUUUGAUGGUUCUAGAGAUCAAAAUGUAUUUGUGGCCCAGAAGGGGCUUGAGUCCAAGAUGGACGCCAUCUUGAAUAGAAUCAGCCAGAUGCAAAGAAUCAGCUGCAGUGGCAACCAGAUGCCCAUGGUGCGGGUGUCGGUGGUGGCCAACACCCCUUCAGGGCCUGUGGAAGCCUUUGACUUUGCCGAGUACCAGCCCGAGAUGCUGGAGAAAUUCCAGAGCAUGCGCAGCCAGCACCCCUAUGUCCUCACGGCAGACACACUGAAGCUCUACCAGAACAAGUUCCGGCAGUCCUCGCCGGACAGCGUGAAGUCAGAUGAUUGGAACCAGCCAUGUGUCCGAGCCCUGAUCUUCGUGGGCCUGGAAAGAGUGGCCAACCUGGAGCGGGUGACUCAGCUGGAGUUCGGGCGAGGGUUCACCUACGACAGACCUCUGAGGCUUAACCUGCUGGAUCUGGAUUAUGAACUAGCAGAGCAGCUCGGUUUGCCUGGGGAAGAUGGCUACCGAGGAUAUCCUGGGGACGAGGGCGGACCUGGUGAGCGAGGUCCGCCUGGCGUGAAUGGCACUCAAGGCUUCCAAGGCUGCCCAGGCCAGAGAGGAGUGAAGGGCUCCCGAGGAUUCCCAGGAGAGAAGGGUGAAAUAGGAGAAAUCGGGCUGGACGGUCUUGAUGGUGAAGAGGGAGACAAAGGAUUGUCCGGUUCUUCCGGAGAGAAAGGGAACCCUGGAAGAAGGGGUGAUAAAGGCCCGAAAGGAGACAAAGGAGAAAGGGGAGAUGUUGGAAUUCGAGGUGACCCGGGUGAGUCAGGACAGGACAGCCAGCAGAGAGGACCCAAAGGAGAAACCGGUGACAUCGGCCCCAUGGGCCUCCCAGGGAGAGAUGGAGUAUCUGGAAGUCCUGGAGAAACUGGGAAAAAUGGUGGCUUUGGCCGAAGGGGCCCUGCAGGAGCUAAGGGCAACAAGGGCAAUCCAGGCCAGCCCGGCUUCGAGGGAGAGCAGGGAACCCGAGGUGCCCAGGGCUCGGCUGGUCCCACUGGUCCUCCAGGCCUGAUAGGAGAACAAGGCAUUCCUGGUCCUCGGGGAGCUGGAGGGAGCGCCGGUGCCCCCGGAGAACGUGGCAGAAUCGGUCCCCUGGGAAGAAAGGGUGAACCUGGGGAGCCAGGACCAAAGGGAGCAAUUGGGAGCCGUGGCCCUCGCGGGGAGACGGGAGAUGAUGGGCGCGAUGGAGCUGGCAGUGAAGGACGCAGAGGCAAGAAAGGAGAAAGAGGAUUCCCUGGCUACCCAGGACCAAAGGGCACCCCUGGAGAGCCCGGGACAGAUGGAACUCCAGGACCCAAAGGCAUCAGGGGCCGGAGGGGAAAUUCAGGACCUCCAGGAGCAGUUGGGCAGAAGGGAGACCCCGGCUACCCAGGACCGGCUGGUCACAAGGGCAACAAAGGCGACUCCGUCGAUCAAUGUGCCCUUGUCCAAAGCAUCAAAGAUAAAUGCCCUUGCUGCUACGGGCCCCUGGAGUGCCCUGUCUACCCGACGGAGCUGGCCUUUGCUUUGGACACUUCCGAAGGCGUCACCCAGGACACGUUUAACCAGAUGAGAGGUGUGCUGCUGAGCAUUGUGGGCGACCUGACCAUCGCUGAGAGCAACUGUCCCCGGGGGGCCCGAGUGGCUGUGGUCACCUACAACAAUGAGGUGACCACGGAGAUCCGGUUUGCUGACUCCAAGAAGAAGUCGGUCCUCCUGGACAAGAUUAAGAACCUUCAGGUGUCUCUGACAUCCAAACAGCAGAGCCUGGAAACUGCCAUGUCAUUCGUGGCCAGAAACACGUUCAAGAGAGUGAGGAACGGAUUCCUCAUGAGGAAGGUGGCCGUGUUCUUCAGCAACAGGCCCACGAGAGCGUCCCCACAGCUGAGGGAGGCUGUGCUGAAGCUCUACGAUGCGGGGAUCACACCCUUGUUCCUUACGAGCCAGGAAGACAGGCAGCUCAUCAACGCCCUGCAGAUCAACAACACAGCAGUGGGCCAUGCGCUUGUCCUGCCUGCAAGGAGGGACCUCUCAGACUUCUUGAAGAAUGUCCUCACAUGUCACGUCUGCCUGGACAUCUGCAACAUUGACCCAUCCUGUGGCUUUGGCAGCUGGAGGCCAUCCUUCAGGGACAGGAGGGCUGCAGGUAGCGAUGUGGACAUCGACAUGGCUUUCAUCUUAGACAGCUCUGAGACCACCACCCUGUUCCAGUUCAAUGAGAUGAAGAAGUAUAUAGGGUACCUGGUCAGACAGCUGGACAUGAGCCCAGACCCCAAGGCCUCCCAGCACUUUGCCAGAGUGGCUGUCCUGCAGCAUGCACCCUACGCAUCCCUGGGCAAUGCCAGUGUGCCGCCUGUGAAGGUAGAAUUCUCCCUGACUGACUAUGGCUCCAAGGAGAAGCUGCUGGACUUCCUGAGCAGGGGGAUGACACAGUUGCAGGGAACCAGGGACUUGGGCAGUGCUGUUGACUACACCAUAGAGAACGUCUUUGAAAGUGCACCAAACCCACGGGACCUGAAGAUUGUGGUGCUGAUGCUGACGGGUGAGGUGCGGGAGCAGCAACUGGAGGAGGCCCAGAGAGCCAUCCUGCAGGCCAAGUGCAAGGGCUACUUCUUCGUGAUCCUGGGCAUUGGCAAGAAGGUGAACAUCAAGGAGGUGUACGGCUUCUCCAGCGAGCCAAACGACGUCUUCUUCAAGCUAGUGGAUAAGUCGACUGAGCUCAACGAGGAGCCGCUGAUGCGCUUUGGGAGGCUGUUGCCAUCGUUUGUCAGCAGCGAAAAUGCUUUUUACUUGUCCCCAGAUAUCAGGAAACAGUGCGAUUGGUUCCAAGGGGACCAACCAGCAAAGAAUCCUAUGAAGUUUGGUCACAAACAAGUGAACAUUCCAAAUAAUGUUACUUCAAGUCCUACAUCCAAACCUGUGACCACAACAAAACCAGUGACCACCACGACGAAGCCAGUGACCACCACGACAAAGCCAGUCGCUAUUGUAAAUCUGCCCUCUGCAAAGCCAGUUGCUGCAAAGCCAGCCCCUCCAAAGCCAGGCCCUCCAAAGCCAGUCCCUCCAAAGCCAGCCACUGCCAAGCCUGUGGCUGCCAAGCCUGUGGCCACAAAGACGGCCACGGUCAGAUCUGCGGUGACAGUGAAGCCUGUGGCAGCAAAGCCUGUGGCAGCAGUGAAGCCAGCAGCUGCAAGACCCCCUGAUGCUCCUGCAAAACCAGUGGCCACCAAGCCCGACGCCCCUAAGCCCCAGGUGGCCAAACCAGCCACCAGCAAGCCAGCUACUGCCAAGCCUGUGGUAAAGGCAUCCCGAGAAGUUCGAGUGUCUGAGAUCACAGAGAACAGUGCCGAGAUCCACUGGGACGGGCCGGAGCCCCUGGGUGCUUAUUUUUAUGAUCUCACGGUCACCUCAGCCCAUGAUCAGUCCCUGGUUCUGAGGCAGAACCUCUCAGUCACCGGCCACAUCAUUAGGGGCCUGCUCUCUGGGCACGUGUACCACGUCACGGUGGUCUGCUACCUGAGGUCGCAGAUCAGAGCCACCUACCACGGAAGUUUCAGCACAAAGAAAUCCCAGCCUGCACUGCCAGCAAGGUCAGCUUCCAGUUCAACCAUCAAUUUAAUGGUGAGCACAGAACCGUUGGCUCUAACAGAGACAGAUAUAUGUAAGUUGCCGAAAGAAGGAGGGACUUGCAGGGAAUUUAUACUGAAAUGGUACUAUGAUCCAAAGACUAGAAGCUGUGCCAGGUUCUGGUACGGAGGCUGCGGUGGAAAUGAGAACAACUUCGAAUCACAGAAGGAAUGUGAGAAGGUUUGCGCCCCUGUGCUUGCCAAGCCUGAGGUCCUGAGUGCCAUGGGAACCUAAGAGCGGCUGACCGGCGACAUAUACCUCUUGAAGAAGGAGUCAGUCCUUGCCCCCCCGCCUCUGUAGACGCCCCGGUCUGGGCUCCCUUGCACUGGACCCUCACAUGCUUGGAUUUACACUCGAACUCGGGAGGAAGCCUUCUGCCGCACGACCUGCCGAGAUGGUGCUAACUGCGUCUGUGGACCCCGCUCUCCCUGUGUCCAGGCCGCUGCCUCGUGUCCUCCGAACAUUGUGUAGUAGUUUCCCACUGCUGGUGUCUGUGCGAACAUUCCUGUGCAUCCAGCCUCCCUCCGGAGUUUCGUGUUAUGCCUGUUCUAGGCAAAUGUAAAUUCUAGAAAAUAAGCCCCAGGCACAGCUGCUCUACACUUUCGCUUGGUUCAUUUUUCCCUCCCCUCUUUAGUAAGCAUGACUGCAGACGCCCGCGCACGGAGGAGAGACGAGAGUCCAGCCUUUUCAUUCCCCCUGCCCAGGGGCCUGGAUGAGGGGUCAAGCUAAUCUUCUUUUUCUAAAGCCUCUAACAAAUGCUCUAGUUAGAAACAAAUUCCCUUGUUCUGUGUGCACCGUUGGGACCAAUGCCUUCAUUAAAGAAUUAAAAGAAAGUCGUAACAGAGAAUAUUUUUGGCAUUCCUCUAAUGUUGUGGGUUUUUUUUUUUUUUGUGCAGGGUGGGGGUUUAAUUUUAAUUUUAAAAUUUUUAGGAAAUUUAUUCAAAGAAACUUUUUAAUAAAGUAUAUU